AAAGAAGUAUAAAAAGCCAGCUGUUGCUAAGUCAGAUCAUCAGUAAACGUUCGUUCCCCGAUCUACAACUGCACAAUAUCCAAAAUGUUCAAAUUCUUGAUGAUCUGCGCUAUUGUUGGCCUGGCCGCAGCCUACCCAGGUGUCUUACCCGGUGGGGAUGUUCAUGCCGAUGUCGUCUCUCGCAGUGAGGAUGUGCGCCCAGAUGGCUUUGAGUCCAAGUUGGAGACCACCAAUGGCAUCAAUGACCAGCGUUCCGGCGAUGUGCACGGCAACAUCAAGGGAAGCUUCAGCUACAUCUCCCCCGAGGGCGAGCAUGUUCAGAUCACUUAUGUGGCUGAUGAGAAUGGUUUCCAGCCAUCUGGUGAUGUGCUGCCCACUCCACCCCCAAUCCCAGUUGAGAUCCAGAAGGCCCUUGAUUGGAUCGCAGGUCACCCAUCUCUUGAGAAGCACUAAAUCAGUCAGUGACACAGUCAAUUCCUGAACCAAAUCCGCUUGACCAUGGACAACUAGUAUACUUCAAAGUCGAAAAUAUUUAAUUUUUUGUAUGAUUUUAAAAAUAUAUGCAGCAAAUUGCUAAGGCAAUCAUUAAA